AUGUGGGCUCGACUCUCUCGACAUCAAAAGCUCUUGUUAGGUGGUAGUACAACGGCCACUGCGCUAGUAUAUCUUCACUCCCAGAACAACAGCAGCAAUGGAUUUAAGACCAGAAACAACAUUGUGUAUGCGGAACAGGCAACAGAAGCAGCUGUCGAAAAACCCAUAUGGCAUGCUCCUACCAGGAAACAAGAACUGAGCAAACUCAAGAGCCGCAAGGAGUUUGAUUUAUUGAUUGUAGGCGGUGGAGCUACAGGGACAGGUGUUGCGCUGGAUGCUGCUUCCAGAGGGCUUGAUGUUGCUCUUGUUGAAAGAGAUGAUUUUGCCUCAGGCACUUCAUCUCGAUCUACAAAACUGGUCCAUGGCGGUGUCAGAUACCUCCAAAAGGCCAUCAUGGAAUUAGAUUAUGAACAAUACAAGCUAGUGGUAGAGGCAUUGCACGAAAGAAAAAUCUUUAUCAAUAAUGCGCCUUAUUUGGCUGGCGAGUUACCCAUCAUGUUGCCUGUUUACAAAUGGUGGCAGAUUCCGUAUUAUUGGGCUGGCUGCAAGCUGUAUGAUUUCUUUGCUGGAAGAGAGGCGCUUGAAAGCAGUUAUUAUCUGACAAAGACCAAAGCCCUCGAAGCAUUCCCUAUGCUGAAAAAGGAUAAGCUAGUGGGAGCAAUUGUAUACUAUGAUGGCCAACAAAACGAUGCCCGCAUGAAUGUCGUGUUAGCAUUGACAGCUGCUAAACAUGGCGCCACCAUUGCCAAUCACUGCGAGGUAGUAGAGCUUAUCAAGAACGAGGAGGGCCAUAUUAAGGGCGCCAAGGUAAAGGACUGCUUGACAGGUGAUGAAUGGGAGGUCAAGGCAAAGGGUGUCAUCAAUGCCACUGGUCCCUUCACAGAUGGUCUGCGCAAGAUGGACGAUGAAAAAACUAGAGAGAUUGUUGCACCAUCAGCUGGCGUUCAUAUUAUUCUUCCCAAUUACUACAGUCCAAGAAAUAUGGGUUUGCUUGAUCCUGCUACCAGUGAUGGUCGUGUCAUCUUCUUUUUACCUUGGCAAGGAAACACGAUUGCUGGCACCACAGAUUCUCCUACUGAAAUAUCUGCUAACCCUGUCCCCAAAGAAGAAGAAGUGGGAUGGAUAUUACAAGAAGUGGCUCAUUAUCUGAGCGAUGAUGUCAAGGUGCGUCGUGAAGAUGUAUUGGCUGCAUGGUCGGGUAUACGUCCACUUGUGCGUGAUCCCCAUGCCAAGAACACUGAAUCCUUGGUGCGUAACCAUAUGAUCAACGUCAGUGAAAACAAGCUCUUGACCAUUGCGGGCGGUAAAUGGACCACCUACCGCGCAAUGGCCGAAGAAACUGUAGACAGAGCUAUUCAGGAAUACAAUCUCAAGCCUGCAAACAAAUGCAGCACUGAACAUAUGCCCAUGAUUGGAAGCAAAGGAUUUACAAACACCAUGUUUAUCGGGCUAGUUCAAGAGCGUGGUAUGGAUACAGAGGUUGCUCAAGCUUUGGCGGGUAGCUAUGGCACUCGCGCAUGGCAGGUAGCUGCAAUUGAGGAUCCCACCGAGAUGAAUUGGCCCAAGUACGGAAAACGCAUUUCUCCCAACUACCCGUAUAUCGAAGCUGAAGUACGCUAUGCUGUUCGCGAGGAGUAUGCUUGCACUGCCGUCGAUGUGCUAGCACGUCGCACACGCUUGGCAUUCUUGAAUGCAGAGGCAGCUUUGAGUGCCCUACCCAAGGUGAUUGAACUCAUGUCGGAGGAGUUGGGCUGGGAUAAGCAGCGACAGGAGCAAGAGUAUAUUUCUGCUACACAGUUUUUAACUACAAUGGGCUUAUUUUAUCAAAAAACCACCGCACUAAAACAAGAGUAA